GGAUGCUACUGUAUUCAAGUCACUAUUUUCUUUUGGCCACUGUAGCCAUUGUUCUUCCUUCGAUUUUUAAUCCUUGUCUAAUAUUUACAUAGUGAAGCAGUCAAACCCACAGUUUUGAUACUGAAAGGUCAGAGAACCGUAGUUCGGGAUUUGAAGGCGAAUGAACCCGCUUAAGGUCUAAAAAUUCUUGAAACUCCACUUGGUAUUUCUCAAUUCCUCAUAAGUAAACAUAUGCAGUUGGCAUCUUGCGCUCAUAUCUCAUUUCCUAUUUCUUCCCUUUGUCCCUAUAAGCUGAGCAUAACACACAGUUUUUGAGAAUCCUUUCUCAUGGUUGUUUCAAAAAUAAAUAAACGAACAGGCGUUUACGGAAAUUAUGCCUUUUUCGGUGCCGAAAAAUCUAGUACUUACUUUUUGACGUCAUCUACGUAUGUAGCGUGACGUAGCUGACUUACGGAACCCAUCAAAUAUUUCGGUCUCUAAGUGAAUGAGACUUCGGCACGCGUUCAUUAUCGGGCUUAUCGGGAUUGCAAAAAGAUUAUGUUUUGGAGUAUAAACAAACAAACCCGCCGUAAAAAGUAAUUCUUUCGGUUCCAGCCGUAUUCUACAGAGAUAAAAAGCGAAAGGUCAAUCGCAAAGUGUAAACGGAGUUGUGGCUUGUCUUUGCGCAAACUAAUCAACGAACAUGCUAUCGGCGAAGCUGGCAACUUGCUCAUUAACAAGGAUUGUUGUUUUGGUGUCGUAUGCAACUACACUUCAACUCACUCCCUUGCUUGCUGCUUUAAAUGCAGAAGGCGUUGAGAAGUACAUUGUUACGAGAAGAGGUAGAUAUGAUACUGACGUGUUCAGGGUUGUGUACAAAACUGGCUACGGAUGCCUUUCAGAUGUUUGUGCUAACGCCUCGGCUUGGGUGGAAAAAAGCACGCUGUGUAGCUGUUCAUGUAAACGCGAAACUCCAACCUUCCUCCCAGAAUUACGAAGUUGUGGUAAUACAGCAAACAUAAAGAAGUUCCUGUUUGGAAAUUGCUCACAAGCACUUGGUAUGGAAAGUGGGAAAAUCAGUGAUUCCCAACUAAGUGCCCCACCUAGUUUUGUUGGCACUAGUCCUUGGGAUGGAAGACUAAAUAAUGAUAAGGCCUGGUGCACUGGUAGUUACAAAGGAUUCCUUGAGAUCGACUUAAAGGAGGUCAGGCAUCUGUCAGCCAUUGCCACUCAAGGUUUUAGAGGAACCUUUGAAAACUAUGUAAUAACAUUUGAGAUAGAGUACAGUUAUGAUGGUGGAACAUGGUUUGAAUACAAAGAUGAAAAUGACAAAAAAAAGAAAUUUACUGGAAAUGGUGACACAGACACCAUAAAAUACAACAACUUCAGAGGGACUUUUGAAACAAGAAUCCUUAGAAUAUAUCCAAAAAGGUAUAACAGAGCAGGAUUUAGAUGUCUCAGAGUUGAAGUGUAUGGAUGUUCUGACAAUGCCGUUUGCUCACUUUUCUUUGAGUGGCCCUUUUUUCUGAAAUCCCUUAACCUUGCAAGUGGGGGAAAGGAGAAUAUCAAUUCAGCUAAUAUCUAUCAAAGCUGUCAAGUUGAUACUGGAAGUGCAGGGUACUACAAUUAUCAACUGGAAAACAAGUGGAUGGGAAUAAACCAAGACAUCUUUAAAGUGGUAGACGUGCAGGGAGAACUAGUUUUCAAGUGGGCAGAUACCAGAGACAAGAACCUGUUUGGCAGAAUUGUACAGGUAACAGCGACUUGUAACUAUUCAGCAUCUGCAACUCGACCACCCAAAACUGCUUGUCUGAUUUUUAAGACCUCAGGGCAAAUUAUAGUGACACCAAGCACUGUGGCAAAGACUACACCAAAGAGGGCAGUGACUGUUUUUACAAAACCAACAGAGCCUUCUAAGACAUCUCUAGUGACUGAACCUUUUGGAAACUCAGGUGACAAAGACACAAGAACGAACGAGAAGAAUGGUGGAUCUGGAGUUUUGAUUGGUGUUGCUGUGGCAUGUGCAGUUGUGCUUGCAAUUGUCCUUAUUGUUCUUGUUGUGUUUUGCAAGAGGAGAAGAUCGUAA